CCUGGCUUCUCGGGAUGUCGGUGGCCUUCGUACCGGACUGGCUGAAAGGCAAGGCGGAAGUUAAUCAGGAGACGAUCCAGCGGCUCCUGGAGGAGAAUGACCAACUCAUCCGCUGUAUCGUGGAGUAUCAGAACAAAGGCCGGGCGAAUGAGUGCGUCCAGUACCAGCAUGUGUUACACAGAAAUCUCAUUUAUUUGGCUACCAUCGCAGAUGCCAACCCCACCAGCCCUUCAAAACCAAUGGAAUAAUCUUUCAGCUGGCUCUCAUAAGGAGUAAUUGAGUGUAACCCAUUUCCUAUGAAGUAGAGAUAGGAUCUUUACCAACUCAACUGCUUGAAACAUGAAUGAAACCUCUGUGACUCUUUGAAAAAUGUGAAAAGGUAAAGAAAGCUACUAAGUUAACUGUGUUCGCAGCGUAAAUACUUAUUUUAAUAAUUAAGCAGAUUAAGUUGACUCCAGAUGUCCUCUUUCCUGUUUGGAUGUUUCGAUAACAAAGAUAUCAUGGGCAUCUUCAAUUCAACCUUUUCAGUUUCAACCUGAAGAGGAAACUGAAUAGAUGUUGGGCAAUCAACAGGAA